AAUAUCAAUGAAAAUUGAUCAUUAUAAAGAUACCUAAGGUACGAUAAGGUGUUCCUAGAGUAUCAACGAACAAAAUAUAUAUAAAAAGAACUAAUAGUUCAGAAAGACGCCAGUAGUUUGUUGGAGACUUCUGAAAACAUGUUAAGAUUUGUGAUUUUAUUGACUGCUGUCGCUUGUUGUUUGGGUGCGGCUGUGCCAGAGGGUAUGUUGCCACAAUUGGAUGGUCGCAUUGUGGGUGGAGUUGCUACCUCUAUUUCCUCUUUCCCUUGGCAAAUUUCCCUACAACGCAGUGGUUCUCACUCUUGUGGCGGUUCCAUCUAUAAUAAUCAAAUCAUUGUGACCGCUGCUCAUUGUUUGCAAUCUGUUAGCCCAACUAUUUUGAAAGUACGUGCUGGUUCUUCUUUCUGGAAUUCUGGUGGUGUAUUGGUUAAUGUUGCUGCUUUUAAGAAUCAUGAAGGUUACAAUCCCGUUAGCAAAGUCAAUGACAUAGCCGUCAUACGUUUGAGCUCCCCGUUGAUUUUCUCCUCCACCAUUAAGCCCAUUGCUUUAACUACAAAAUCUCCGGCUAAUGGUGCUGCUGCUUCGGUUUCUGGCUGGGGUACCACUGCCUCUGGAUCCGCUUCUUUACCCACUCAAUUGCGUUAUAUUGAUGUUAAAAUUGUCAGCCGUACUCAGUGUGCUUCUUCCAAUUAUAGUUAUGGCUCCAUGAUCAAGUCUAGCAUGAUUUGUGCUUACACUGUUGGUAAGGAUUCUUGUCAAGGUGAUUCGGGUGGCCCCUUGGUUUCUGGUGGUCAAUUGGUUGGUGUUGUCUCCUGGGGUUAUGGCUGUGCUUUCCCCAACUAUCCUGGUGUUUAUGCUGAUGUUGCCGCUCUACACUCUUGGAUUGUUAGUGCUUCUACAACUGUUUAAAUUGGAUCAAUAUAUCUAAACAAAUAUUAAUAAUCUCGUUCUUUUAUAAAAUAUAAAAGUUUUGAAU